AUGGUAUAUCUAAUGGCCAACACUGAUGAUGAUAAUGAUGUCCAUCGAUUGAAUGCCCAAAAAUUGUUUGUACCCCUAGCUCUGGUACAGUUUCUCAGAGGUUUGAUGAUUAUGUUUCCCCAGGGAGUCAACUCAUUCAUAUGGAUUAUGAUUGCAAUCAAACGUAAUGCUGAUCAUCAGUAUAUGGUUAGUGUAACAAACGGUCGGUUCAGUUGGGAAACGUCAUCACCACUACCAGCACUAGUAUCCAAAAAUACUGAACCAAAUACUAGCACUUGUAUGUCCUUUACAUUGGAUAAUAUUAACUUGAAAAUCAGUGACAAACAAUUUGUUGCAAUUGUCGGUAAUGUAGGCUCAGGUAAAUCAUCACUACUGUCCGCACUGUUUGGCGAAAUGCAACUAUUAUCCGGGAAAGUUAGCAUAGGUAGAGGAAAUGCUAGUAAAAUAGCGUACGUUCCCCAACAGGCAUGGAUACAGAAUGCAUCGCUCAAAGACAAUAUACUAUUCGGCAAACCAUUGGAUACCGAUCUCUAUGAUCGAGUCGUAAGCGGCUGUUCACUGGAACAGGAUCUCAGACAACUGUCCGCCGGAGAUCAGACAGAGAUCGGCGAUAAUGGUAUCAAUUUGAGCGGCGGUCAGAAACAGAGAGUCAGUUUGGCCAGAGCUGUGUAUUCCGAUGCCGACCUAUAUCUAAUGGAUGACCCACUAAGUGCCGUGGACAGUCAUGUGGGCAAACAUCUAAUGCAAGAAGUGUUAGAUUCAAGGACUGGUUUAUUGAGGAAUAAAACCCGAAUUCUGGUAACAAAUCAACUCUUUGUGUUACCAAAUGUUGAUCUGAUUGUUGUCUUAAAUGACGGCAAUAUUACAGCAAUCGGUUCAUAUGAUUAUCUAAUGAAUGAUAACAAAGAGUUUUCCGAUUUAGUCAAACAAUAUUCAGUUUAUAUAAAAUACGCCAAACAAAUGUCGAUAAUGUUGUUGACGCUGACGAUUGUAUUUUUUGUCAUCUCAUCAGUCGUUACCAUUGGUAUCAACUUUUGGCUUAAGACAUGGAGUCAACAACAACAACAUAGUACUAACGGUGUUCACCACACAAACGGCUAUUAUCUGGCAAUUUUGGCCGCACUGAUCAUCGGUCAGUUACUGACACUGUUUGUCGGUCGGUUUGCACUGGUUAUCGGUUCACUGUUUGCGUCGACCCGAAUGCACGAUAGGUUGUUGUGGUCUGUUAUGCGAUCGCCGAUGAAGUUCUUCGACACCACACCAUUGGGUCGUAUAGUCAACCGAUUUAGUAAAGACAUCGACACUAUGGAUACGGUUACUGUAUUUAUGUUGGGUUAUGUUUUAGAUCUAUGGUUGCUAACCCUGUCCAGUAUUAUUAUCACAUCGAUUGUUACACCAUUCUUAGAGUCAACCACUCGAUCGCCAAUAAUUGCCUGUUUCAGUGAAACACUAAACGGUUUGUCCAGUAUUAGAGCGUAUGGAUGUAGUCAACGAUUUAUUGGACACAUGGAGUCACUGGUCGAUAGUAACCAACGGUGUCAGUAUCCCAACGUAUUGGCAAACAGUUGGCUACAAAUCCGGUUGGAUUUUGUGUCGUGUGUAGUGAUAUUUUUUGCCGCACUAUUCAUAAUAUUAGACCGCCAGUCGUUGACCAGUGCCGACACCGGUAUGUCACUGUCCAACGUAAUCAAUCUGUCCUAUGUAAUCGGCAAACUGGUCCAAUUGUCCACUCAAUUAGAGAACAGUAUGAUAUCGUUUGAACGCAUUGAAGAGUACUGUCAACUCAAAUCAGAACCCGACUUGACUAGUGGUCAACAAUUACCAGACAACUGGCCCAACGAUGGAUGUGUUGAGUUCAGACAGUAUAGUACCCGAUAUAGAGAGGGAUUGGAUUUAGUAUUAAAUCAAAUUGAUUUGGACAUCAAAUCUGGCGAAAAGAUCGGAAUCGUUGGCCGAACCGGUGCGGGAAAAUCGUCGUUAAUGUUGGCACUGUUUCGACUGAUUGAGUCGGUGUCCGGAAAAAUAGUUAUCGAUGGCAUCGAUAUCAGUCAACUGGGUCUCCAACAGUUAAGAUCACGACUAACAAUCCUACCGCAAGACCCGGUACUCUAUACGGGAACUAUUCGUUCAAAUCUGGAUCCGUUUGACAAGUGUUCCGACGAUGACUUGUGGUCAGUGUUAGAGCACUCGCAUCUCAAGUCGUUUGUCAAGUCAUGCGAUGCGGGACUUGGCUAUCGAGUCACUGAGGGAGGAGAUAACUUGAGUGUCGGUCAGCGGCAACUCAUAUGUCUGGCCCGGGCUUUACUACGCAACACACGUGUGCUUAUCCUCGACGAGGCCACGGCUGCGGUAGACGUCGAGACCGAUGCACUUAUACAGCAAACAAUUAGACAACACUUCAAGUCAUGUACUGUACUAACAAUAGCUCACAGACUCAACACAAUUAUGGAUUCAGACCGUGUGUUAGUGUUGAAUGAGGGACGGGUAGCUGAGUUUGAUUCGCCUAAUAAUUUGCUAAAUAAUGAGACAACUAUUUUCUAUUCCCUGGCCAAAGAUGCGGCAAUUAUUUAA